AUGGCAACAUAUGGUGAGAAGCAAAAGAAAGCAAACAUCUAUGUCUAUGAUAUGGGAACUGGAAAUUUGAAGCCGGAAUCUAACUAUCUGGCCACCAUUAAAAAGUCGAUAUCGCGAGGCUGGGGACUAAUGAGGUCAAAAACCUAUCGAGAAAGUGUCGAUCGUGGUGGAUUGAAGGCGGCAAAAGAGGUGGCAGAAUCAAGAAAAUUAGUUUCACAUGUGGAAGUGAAUGCAGGAUCAGUGGCUGCAUUUUUUCAAGUGAAAGUGUUGGUUAGUGAUAUAUAUGCCAGGGUUCAUGCAAGUCAUCAUUACCUGGGGAAAAUAUUGACACAUGGCUACCGGCCUCAUCGGCCAAUCACAAGAGAAUCCAGCGACCCGAAUUCUGAGCUUGGUACUGUUGCUGAUUGA